AUGUCAGUCUGGUGUUGGUUGCCACAAUGUUUACUAGCAGUUUAUGCCUUUUGUAACAAGAAAUGAUGCGAUGUAAUUAAAUAGCCAAGAUUUUCUAUAAAUCGAUCAAUAUUAUAGAUAACAUAAUUCAGCAUUUUGUGCCUCGAACAUGACGUUUAGCAAAUUAUUCACAAACAUGUGGGUGUGACAUGUGAGCGCCAAGGUAGCCGAAUUGGAAUGCAAUUGAACAUGGAUGGUGGCUAUGGCAGCACGGCAGUGGGCUCUGAGACGGUCCCACUGCUAAUCACGGACCCCGAACCAGAGACGCCGAAAUGGCAGCCCAUGUCCAAGGAACAGCUGGAGCUCGAAGCCGGGGGCCCGGGGUGGAGGAAAAUACGCUCCCGCCUGGUGGUGGUCUUCUGGCUGGGUUGGCUGGCCUUGCUGGGCGUCUCUAUCGACAUCAUAGUGCAGAGCCCUCGGCCGGUCGCACCGCCGCUACUGUGGUGGCAGAGGGCGCUGUUUUACCGCAUACAGCCCAUACUGCUCAUGAACGCCCAGAACGAGGUGCCAGAUGGUAUCGACGUGGUGUGUGAGCAGCUACCAUACCUGAAGUCCCUGGGUGUAAAGGCUCUGCUUCUGGAGGGGCUGUUUCACCAGGACGUGUCCCCACUGGACCUCAGUAAGAUUGCUGAGCGAGUGGGUACAGUGCCUCAGAUCCAACAACUGCUCAUGGAGAGCCACAACGCAGGCAUCAAAGUAGUGUUUGACUUCUGUGAUCUGGACCUGUUCGGACCCAAAGACUCAGUAGGCAACGACUCUGCUGUGCCCUCUGACCUCACUGGCUCAAUACAGUAUGCACUCCGAUUUUGGUUGGAACAGGGUGUGGCAGGAUUUGGGAUCUGUGACACAGAUGCUGCAUAUUCCGAAAAGACCCUGACCGAGUGGAGAGUUCUGGUCAAGGAGUUCAGCACAUCAGAUGAUGAGAGGAUUGUAGUGGUGAAACAAACAGGAGAGUCUCUACCUGCCCUGAAUACCUCUAGCACGUCAGUCAACAGCUCAUUGGUGGAGCUGGUUAUGAUGUCACUACUGCCGCAUGAGCAUCACCUCCUGUCCGGACAGGAAGUGGCCAUUGCUGUGGAGAGACACCUGUCGACAUCCCACGGCGAACUUUGGCCCAGUUGGACGGUGGGCGGUGAAGCAUCACCGAAGUUGCACAGAAUACUCCUGGUUCUGAUGAUGACGCUACCUGGAUCACCUGUUGUCAAAUACGGAGAAGAAAUAGUUCAUUCGCCGAAUGCGUCUGCAGACAUGAGCUGGGAACGUGAGGCAGACAAGACCAUUGGACUGGAUGACUCUGUUGGGGAACAGAGGAAGCUCAAACGCUCUGCCUUGGCUCUGUUCAGCUCCCUCAGUGGCUCUCACCUCAGAGAGGAAUCUCUCCUUUAUGGGAGCUUCACCUUUCUCCCCUUCAACACCACCUCCCUCCCCCCCUACUCCAACUCCACCCUGGCCCCCCCAUCAGCCCCUGUGCUAGCCUUCCUGCGCUCUUGGGGCUGUGUCCACUUCCUGGUGCUGCUCAACCUUGGGCCUGAGGCCCAAGCCCUGGACCCAGCAUGGGCUCCCAGCCUUCCCACUGCUGGGGUGUUUGUGACCAGCACAGGGAUGGACCGCCUGGGCGGCACCUCCCUGGAAACACUGAGGCUCCAGCCAGAGGAGGCCAUAGUCAUCAAACUGUUUGAGUCUGACAGCUACUCCUCCUAGGGCCUGUGGUCUGGGGCAUUAGGCAGAGUGAGAGGGGCUAGGACUGGAUGCAGGGGAGGAUAACUAGGCAGAAAUGGUAACUAUUUAGCCAUCUAUUCCUUUUUUUUUUUUUUGAGGCUAUAUCAAAAUGUCAAAACGUUCUUAAAAUAAUAAAUAAUUGUUUAUCAUUUGUUCUGAUGACAUGGUCAACUUAAGAGGGUGCCAAAUAUUUGGACUACAAUGCAAACACUUGGCAGAGAAUUUAAAGGCUGUGGCUGAGAUUAGUCACCCCUAUUCAAUAUUUUUUUCCACCAAUUGGUAUUUUGACCAAUAACAGCAGAGCUGAUCUGAUUGGUCAGAAGACCAAUGGGUGACAAAAUAACACAAUUGGGCUGACUGUGUAUGAACAUGGGCAGUUUACUGUAAAUUAUCAUGAGUAACAAACACUUGACUCAACAGUUGAUUUCAACAUCUUUCACUUGAGAAACAACAUUGUAUGAUGUAUCCUGAGGUAUGUAGCUGGGUAAUGUGGUGAAACGCACAGUAAAUCACUGAAUCAACCACAAUGAUUGGUGGGAAGGUCUCACAUGUUUCUGGUUCUUCCAUUGUGCAUUACUGCUUUGAGUGAUUUUAUAUAUUGGUGCCAAAAAGAAAAGCCGUUUGAAACACAACCUGACACAUACACUUCCUUUUUGCACUAAUCAUCCCUUCCAAUUCUUGUUGUGGAUAAAAAAGCUAGAAAUAAAUAUGACGACGAGACGA